GAAGUCGAUGCAUCUGCUAAACCGGCACUGCUGACUCCAUCCGACAUAUUCGGGAAGCACGCCAUCACCGGCCUCGUCCACCACUUCUCCCCAUCACUCUCCCUCGUUCAGUCUGUCUACCACGGUUGGCUCUCGACGCGCGCGUCGCCAGUCUGCUGUUGUGCACAGAACGCAGCAAGGAGUGAUUUGCGCUGACGACAAUCAUUCGGAUCGCCCCUACCCACGCUAGCGGCGGCUGCUAGACCUCCCUCCAUCCUCUGGGUUUCAGACAUGUCACGACCUCUCUUCUUCAGAUCCGCCCGCCGUGCUCCUCCGCAGACCACCUCCACACAAUCGCAUAGCAGAGCCGUGUCCCACGGUGGUGCAAACUUGGACUCCGGAGCCGCGGAUGUGGGGGCGACCAUGCAACGAAGCGCUUCGACCAGCACAGGCGCCAUGUCCUCCUCCAUGGCGAGGCUGGAGCGGCGGAGGAAUAUGGAAGAACGCAAUUUUCUGAAAUCAAAGGCGCGCUCGCAAAACCUCAACCCGCCUGUGGAUCUGCGCCUCCUGGACUAUGUUGCCACUCCGGACGACAAUCUCACGUGCCCCAUCUGUCGAUGUCCCUUCGUAGACCCGGUCGUGCUGGCCGAGUGCGAUCACUACUUCUGUCGAGACUGCAUACGACAGACAUGGUCGCUGGUGGCCACGUACAAUCCGCUCGCUGCCAAAGGCGAUUGCCCGACGUGCCGGACGCCAGCCAAGCUCGGACCGCGGUCGGCAACGAGCAAGAUCUUGAUCAAUAUUGUCGAUGAUCUGCUCGUCAAAUGCCCGAAGACUGACGAAGGCUGCCCUGUGGAAGUCAAGCGUGGAGAAGUGCAGGACCACAUCUCCAUAUAUUGUGGCUACGCCAUGAUCGAAUGCCCCAAGGACGGAUGUGAGUUGCCGGUCCGGCGCAAAGACUCCAAGCAAGGCUGUCUGCACUUUCCCGUCAGCUGCGUGGCAUGCCGUGAGGAGAUGCAGCAGUGCACCUUGGAAUCUCACUGGAAGACACAAUGUCCUGAUCGCAGAAUAUCUUGCGAUUUGUGCAAAGAAGAAGUCUAUUACCGCAACUUGUCUGAGCACAAAACGACCCAAUGCUCUGCCAAUGUUAUUCCUUGUCCCGGGAAAGCGCUUGGCUGUACAAGUCGAAACAUGAAAUCGCAAGCGGAUGUGCACUCUAGGAAUUGCACUUUUGCGAAAAUGGCUCCGCUCUUCACCAUGAUGGUUCAGCGGUUCGACGAGCAGGAGGCCGCCCAAAAAGAAAUGAGUCGAAAGUUGGAAGUGCUGCAAAAUGGAUUUGAAUCGAUGCAAAACAUCAUGUACACGAGUUCGCCCAACCCGGACCGCACGAGUGCCGACUCAAGCUCAAUACCACUUCUGCGACCGCAGGGACGGAGCAGUCCUGACACGAUCAAUGGCCUAGUCUCCCCGUUGCGAGCCAACGACUUUGAAAUUGAUUUCGACACAGCAGCCAGAUCACCACGCACUGGUCGCCGGCCAUCUCGAGAAACCUCACCGCGUCAGCUGCCUGAAGUACCAGGGCCUCGUCCCAUGGAUAUACCUGAGCCUUUCACCUCAGACUUCGACCUCGCAUCGCCCUUUCCACCUCCUGCCACCAAUGGCCCCUACGCUUCUCCCCUUCACCAUCUUCUGUCCAUGCACGAGAGCCUCCGAGACGAGAUGUCCCGCAUAAGCACCGCUCUUUCCGAAGUGGAUGGCCGACAUCAAAUGCAAACUCUCAAUGAGAACCUACGCACACGCGAGGAAAUCUCCUAUCUCACAGCACAAGUCGCAGGUCUCAGUCGACAAGUCCAUUGGCUGACAUCUGCUCAACUCCAGCGGCAGACUCGGAGCGCCACGCCAGGAUCUUCGGGUGAAGCAGGCCCUAGUGUCGGCGCGGCCAUUUCUUCUGCUGUACAAGGUGCUGCGAGGAUGGUGAGUGGCGGUGCUGCUGCUGCGCCCAGAGAGCCUGGCAUGCCUCCCAUGCCUGUACGGAGAGGUACCAACGAGGAAGGCAGGACGAAGCUUUAAACCCUACCUCGACCGUUGGAAUCUGGAACGAAGCAAAAUUGAGAAAGCCAAUCUCCCAAAACCACGCGACGAAACUCGCACGCGCCAGCCGAAGCUUUUCUUUUGUGUUCUUCGAUCGUCAUGAUCUUUCUUAGCGAAGGCGUUGUCGUGUUGGGCGGCUGUUUUUUUCUCAGAAUGUUGACGUUUUUUCUACGUCCUGUUUUUGCGAUAUCCCCAUAGCUAUUCACGAACGGAACGAACAUGGGCACGGAGGGCACAGUGGCGGGAUUACGAAGGAGGGAGGCGCGGAACCUGUUGCAACGUACUCUGUGGCAAACGGGAAAGAUAGGCCCCAAUGUGUAGGAGAGAGUGAGGAAUGAGUAAUCGAUGCCAUCUGUUGCAGGCGUAAUCUCCACAUCC